CAUUUUACCACAGAUGACUUCAAACCAGCCUCAGUAGACACCUCGAGACCGGCAGAGCUUGUUGUAGGUGACAAAAAUGAGGUCACAGUCACUGUUCCUAAUGUACAGGAUUCUGGUAACACUGUUUAUCGUGGCUCAAAAAGAAGUUGUACGAAGGAAUUUAUUUUGGUGGUAGAUAAAGAAAAAAAGGUAUAAACCUACAGUAAUUACAUUGUUUUAAUAGUAAUGAUGUCUAUGUAGAAGUCAUCAAAUCAGUCAAAUAAACCUGUGAAGCUUCCUGUUACUCCAUCAACUGCAACUCUCACAAAAACACAGAAAAACAAGACCAAGAAUAAAAAGAAACCAGUUGAACAAAAAACAACUAAACAGUCUGUGUCUCCUGCCAAGAAUACCAGCAUACCUGCCCCCUCUAGCUCACAGGAGGUGAAUACCAUACCAGAAGAAGUACCAGUACCAGCUGAAACAGAAUCUGGUUCUUCGUCUUCCAGUGAUAGUUCAGAUGUGGAAAAAGAUGGAAAUGAGGAUGAUGAUGAGUUUGAUGACAAAGAUGUUGAAAAACUGAACAGUCUUGUCACCAGUAUGGAUGAAAAAGAGUUUGCAACAAAGAAGGAAGGUUUUAACACACUCUGCGAAGAUCUUCAGCUGAGUGAGUCUGGGAGUGAUAGUGAUUGACAAAGCGAUUCAGCGGUGUCUAUCUAAUAGGACUCAAAGGAUAUUUAAUAUAAUUUUGACAAGAACGUGUCCGCCUUGUGGACUUCAAUCAGUGGCGGAUUUUCACCUAUUGACUCUGUAAAAAUAUCGAGGGGAUGGUUUUUGGAAACAAUUAUCAGGUAGUUUUAUCCGUAAUAUUCAGCGAUAGUUCUCGUUUCUGAUGGUUCUUCCGUUUCAAAGUUCUCUACAGGGUCUUGACACAGAACGAUUUAAAAACGAAAAAAAUACCCAUUUCUUUACAACGGCGAUUUGAAUUUAGGGCGUAAAAUUAUUUAUUCAGUCAUGAAUAUCUUAACAGACAACUAAUUGAAUAUUGAUAACCAAUGAGCGAUCGAAAAAAUUCUUGCUCAUAAUUCAUAGAGGGUGCCAUCUUUAUUCCAAAAAUUCUGCACCGUUUCUUCUCUAUUCCUCAAUCAAUCAAUCAAUUACGCCACAAACACAGACGUAAUGUGUCGUACUUGUUACUAUUCUGAAACAGGUUUAUCCCUCAAACAACAAUAUUGCAAAAUAGGACAAUAAUCACCCUACUUCCAUAUUCUAUACCCUUUAAUGUGCUGGCCCUCACUACCGCGCCACAACCUUGCAUGCCCCUUCGCAAGUUGGUCCAUUAACUCCCAAGAUCUGAUUGUUAAUUCUCCCCUCUAACUGCUACACAUUUCCUCGUGAAUUAGUUAUGAGAAUUUAAUGGUAGAUCAAGAACUUCAACCUGAAAAGUUUAAAUAUUCUCAUAAUAUAAAGAGAAGUUGCAUGUUUAUUAAUUAAAUGAGGGUCAAGGGGUUCAAAGACUCUUGUACUUUGACCCGCUUUGCUUUUGCAGCGCACACAUACUCUUCAGUCAACAUUUUUUUUUUCGAAUACAGCUGUAAAAAAUGUAUUUAAGCAUUAAGGAGCACUACAAGGACCUCACUUUAGUGAACGACGCGGACUGGGCUUCGUUUUCAGACUGUUUAGCCCUAACCUGCGAACAGGCCCCUUAUUAUUAAUGCUUCGGCACGAACCGUUUCUUCGUCCACGUGAAAGUAGCAGGCCUUGAGCGAAGAGAGCCUGCGAGAGGUCCGUAAGGGGUCUGUUCUGAUUACUAAAGCCAGACUCCCGGCAAACCUCUCCCCGACUCGUCUCGAAUCUUCUUGCGGUCGGAGAAGCGUUCGUCCUGCGGCGCUAUUAGUAAUGAUGGGGUAAUUUGAUAUUAUCUACAAAGUUGAAACGUAAAUCGGCCACCCUAAAGAGUUUAAAGGCUGACGUUUCGAUCGUUAGCCCUUCGUCAGAGCGGUU